UAAUUUUUGAAUUUUCAACCUUAUUGUUUUCGAUCCCCAGACAUCCGUAUUUACAGUAUCCCGAAAUGGAAUCGUCACGCUCUACAAGCGUUUUAUAUCAUUGGCAACACAUCGCGACAAAGCCACUAAUGAGUACUUCUUGACCGAAGCGGACUUCCAAAACAUCACCGAACUACAACAAAAUCCAUUAGGACAACGAAUCAUCGACGCUUUCUUCGCAGAUGCUGAGUCCAGUUUGCACAUUUUAGCAGUAAAAAAUGAGCACCAUAUGUUUCUAACUUCUGCUGCUUUAUUUUUAUAUAUGGAUACAAUAGACCCACAAGAGAAAUUUUUUGUGAGUCCAAUGUGGCCAUUUCUGAACAGCCAUUCACUUCCUUUAUCCAAUGAUGAUAAGACUAAACAACCGAAAGAAAGAAAUAAGCAUGAGAAGGAAGAGAUUUUUUUGGAACCGCCGGCAUUCCUGUUCUGUGAAGUUUUGCAGUACAACAGAUGGGCUUUGUUUUUCUGCCCCGUGAAUCCACAUGGGAUUUGAUU